AUGACGGUCGACGACGCGAUCGCGGCGUCGCGCGCGACGGACGCGAGCCGCGUCGACGAGAUCACCGACCUGUUCGUCGCCGCCGGGUGCCACCGCGCGCGCUUCGCGUCGCUCGCGCCGUUCGACCGCGUGCUCGGCGCGCUCGCGUGGGCGGUGCGCGCGGCGGACGGCGCGCUGGACGACGUCGACGCCGACGCGCUGUACGCGACGAUGGGCGAGCGAUUGCGCGCGUGCGAGGCGAUCGAGCGCGCGCUGCGGGACAUGGGCGCGCCGGGCGCGCUCAGGGCGCACCAGAUCGGGGGACUGGACGCGGACGCGCUGCUGCCGACGGCGCGGUGGUUGAUAACGCGGGUGUUGGAGACGCGCGAGCGGCGAAAACGGGACGCGAGAGCGCGGGCGAUGUAUGCGUACAAACGAACGUGCGGACGGGAGGCGCUGGGGACGGCGCGGACGCGCGAGCGGGCGGCGAGAGCGAGACGCGCGCUGCGCGAAGAGUACGGCGCGAGACGGCGGUACAAGCGCGCGGCGGGGAAGGAACCGCCGCGAGAGAACGCGUCGCGGUGGGCGAAAUCGGUGAUGAUGGAGUACGGGCAUAAACUCGCGGGGUUGGAGGCGUUCGCGAGCGCGGCGACGGCGGUGUUGGCGGCGACUCGAUGGAGGCGGAGGACGCGGGCGGGUAAGGCGGCGGGAGCGACGCGGGCGAGCGAGGCGGGAGAGGGCGGGCGAGAGGGCGCGGCGUCGUUGGUGAGCAAGGUGAGCGCGCUCGUCGUCGCGCCGGGAGCGGGGGGGGCGGGGGGGGACGAGGACGACGAGGAGGAGGACGAGGCGGCGGUGAGCGAAUUGAACGCGUUGCGGGAUUUGGAAUCCGAACUCGCCGUCGCGGACGGCGAGGAUACGCUUUCGAGCGCCGUCGCGCGCGCGAUUUUAGGCGCGCGCGGUGGCGAGGAAAUUUUAGCGGCGGCGGAGAAGUUCGGGGGGGAGAUCGCGAUCGGUGGGACGGUGGGGAAGAUGCUCGCGGUGGAGCGGAAAAUCGCCGCCAUGGAGCGCAAGCUCGCGGCGGAGACCGCGGCGGCGAGCGAGGCGCGUCAACGCGCCGAAGCCGCGCAAGCCGAGGUCGUCGCCGCGCUGGAAGAGUUAGAAAAGGUGACGGCGUACAACGACAAGUGCGAGACGGAGACUAAAAGUCUCAUGGAAUCCGUCGCCGAUCCCGGGCAACGCGCAUCCGUCGAGCGCGUCAUGGCGCUGAUAAAGAGAGCGUCGAGCACCAAGGCGGACGAAAAAGAGUUCAAAGCCGAGUGUAAAAAGCGCAUGCUCGAGCUUAAAGACGAAAUCGAACGCGGCGGCGAGCACACGCUCACCGAGGAAGAGCGCGCGCAGAUUGAAGAAGUGGACGCGACGCACCGCCGCGAACGGGAAAAAUUUGAAGGCGAACGCGCGAUGCUGAACAAACGCUCGCGCGCGGUGGCGCUCCUGCGGCGCAAGCUCGAGGACAUCCCAACGCGUCCGGAGUUGAUUCAAUACGAACGUCGCUUCGAAGAGCUCUACGACACCGUGCAGGCCAAGCUCAAGGAAACGCGCAAGUACUUUGCCGCGUACAACGUCCUCGCCGACACGAAAAAGUAUCUUCGAAAAGAAAUCUCCCUCCUGAACUCCGUCCAGCAGCAAGUCGCGCCGGCGUUGGAGACGUUAUCCGGGAAAUCGUCCCUCGUCACCGCCCUAGCCGCGAUUCAGGACGGCGUCACGGCGAACAUCAAGCUCGUCGACGCCAAGCUCAAAUCCGAGCGCGACGCCGAGGCCGAAUGUCGCGCGCGUCACGACGACGCCGUCCGUCUUCAGCGUCAAUACGUCGCCCUCGUCAAGGAGCUUCGCGACGCCGUCGCUCGCGAGCGCGAGCUCAGCGCCGCGCUCGCGCCGUCUUCGUGA